AUGUUUCCUCAAGUCACAGUUGAAAAAUGUCCCAUUUGCAAUAGUUACGUUAUAUUAACAAAAAUGUCUGAACAUCUCAAAAAUCAUAGUCAAGACCAUGAACUAGCAGUGCCUCAAAAGUUAAAAAAGUAUAAACCAAACCCAUUGUUUGAUAGUUUGUCUGAUGAAACAAGUCAAGAUUAUGAACUUGUGCCUCGGCCACAACAGUUAAAAAAGUAUAAGCCAAACCCAUUGUUUGAUAGUUUGUCUGAUGAAACAAGUCAAGACCAUGAACUAGCAGUGCCUCAAAAGUUAAAAAAGUAUAAACCAACAACGUCAUUUGGUAAUUUAUCUACUGAAACAAGUCAAGACCAAGAACUAUUGCCUCAACAGUUGGAACAUUCUAAAGCUAAACCAACAACAUUGUUUAAUAACUUAUCAGAUGAAACAAGUACAAAUGAAAAAAGAGUCAAAAAUUGGACCAAGUCUGAAACACUUUUCCUUAUUGAGGCGUAUGAGAAUAAUAUUUUGAUAUUCGAAUCAAACUCAAAAAAAAAUCGUUUAGGUUGGAUUCAAGUUUCAAAAGAUCUAAAGAAAAAGCAGAUUGAAUAUACUGAAGAUCAAUGCCAAGGAAAAUUCAAGUAUUUACUAUUGUGCUACAAAAAAAAAUUAGACAAUAGACAUGAGACAGGAAGUGCUGUAUAUGAGUUUGAAUUUAAACGAAUUACUUGCCGCUAUAGCUAG